AUGGUUUUGCGAUUAAUUAUUGUCUUUUUAAGUAUAGUAGUAACUUGUUUAGGAUCAGUUGGUAUUGAUAACUACAUAAAAAUAUGUAAUCGAAACUCUCCGGACGUAAACGAUUGUCUAGUGGAAGCAGUGCAAGAUGGCAUUGCCGCUAUGGCUGGCGGUAUAAAAGAAAUCGGUGUACCUCCCGUUGACCCUUAUUUUCAAAAGGAACAAGGUUUUGAAUACAAGAAUAAUCAGAUACAAGCUAAGAUGGUUACCACAGAUAUUCUGGUACACGGUUUAAGACAUGCUACUGUUCGCGAUGCGAGGUUGAGAGCCGAAGACGAUAAUUUCCAUCUAGAAAUAGAUAUGUUUAGCCCUGCCAUUUCAAUAAGUGGUAAAUAUGAAGGCCAUGGCGGUUACAAUUCUUUGAACAUUACCGCGCACGGAACUUUUGUAACAAAUAUGACUAACUUAGUAUACACGUGGAAACUGGAUGGAAAACCAGAAACCAUAAACAACGAAGUGUUUGUAAGAAUCAAAUCAUUCUAUAUGCGGCCAGAUGUUGGUAAUAUGCAAAUUUUCCUUACCAAUAAAUCCCCCGAAAGUAAAGAUUUAACCGAACUCGGCGUAAAGCUUGUUAACGAGAACUGGAGGAUAAUGUACAAAGAGUUAGUACCUUACGCUCAGGCCAAUUGGAAUAAAAUAGGCACUAAAGUUGCUAAUAAAAUAUUCCUGAAAGUACCUUACAAUAAGUUAUUCCCAGUU